CUGUAUACUCAGCAGCGAUCAAGCAUGUUGCGCUUAGCCAGCUCCUGCCUUCUAAUUAUUCUUCAGAUUGUAAUCGCAGAGCCUACUCCUCCUCAAUGUAGAGGUCCUCCUCCUGGUAUGACACAUCCAGAGAAAUGUUGUAAUUUUCCGAGUCUAUUCAAAGACGAAGAUUUUGAAGAGUGUGGUAUUGAAAGAUUUUCCGAUGAUGAAGAUCAUUCCAAAAGAGGACCUCUAGACUGCUCUCAGGAAAAAUGCUUACUUAAUAAAUACAAAAUGAUGAAAGAUGAUGAAGAGAUAGAUAAGGACGCAACUAUUGAGUUUCUUGACAAGUGGGCUGGGAAUAACCAGGACUAUAAAGAUGCAGUUGAAAAGGCUAAAGAGAAGUGUCUGAAAACCGAAAUUCUCGAUGCAAAACUCCCAUGUAGACCUACAACAUUAUUUCGUUGUAUUAAAUAUGCAAUUUUCGUGGAAUGUACACAACACAUGCAAUGGGAGGAUACUGACAACUGCAAGAAACUGAAAGAUCUUAUUGAAGAAUGUAAACCAUAUAUUACUCAAACAUAAAUAUUUCUUUAAUCUAAUUAUAAAAUGAAUUAAUGUUUUGAAGAUUUUUAUUGUAAAUCAUAAAAAUAAUAACCAUAUUAAUAAAUUGCAUGAGUGUGUAA